AUGACGCACGAUCUCUUGAUUCUGUCAACGCUUCUCUAUAUCUGCUGCCUCGGCGUCGUGGUCAGUGGUGUACAAAAAUUUAUCGAAACACCGCCCACUUACAAAGAAGUGCUACCUGGCCAAAACGCGCUGCUACCCUGCAGGGUGAAAGACAAAAGUGGUGAUUGUUUCUGGCUGAAGGAUGGAAUAAUAAUAGCAAAUGAAUCGGGAAAAUAUGAAUGGUUGAGCGAUCGCCGCGGCGAUUGCUCCCUGCUGAUCAAGAAUGCCACCUUGGAGUUUGACGACAAUUUUUGGGUAUGCCAGGUUGCGCCUAGCAAUCACAAAUUGCAGGACGCCAUCGUAUCCUUACCGGCCAGGCUGCUCGUGAUAGUGGAACCUGGGCCACCUAUUUUAAAAUAUGAAGGAGGUAAACCUUUAAACGCUGUCCUACCGCUAAAGGAAAAACAAGAAACCUUGAUUAGUUGCAGUUCGAACGACGGAAAUCCAGCCGCCUACAUUAAAUGGUAUAUAGGGAACGAAGAACGAGAACCUUUGGUCAAGCAGAAAAACAUGUCGGUGACGAACAAGCCGAAGACCUGGGAUGUUAACAGUCUUUUACGGCUGUACGGUCAGAGGGAAAAUCACGGUAUGCUGCUCCGAUGUGUGGCCGAGCAUCAGGCGAGUUCGUCCCACAGCUACGUGGAGUCCCGGUUGAACAUACAAUAUUCGCCGGAAGUGCAGAUCGAGUCGAAUCUGCAGCCGCUCACUAUAGCGCCGGAGGAUUCGGAGAACUUUUUGAGCCUGAAGUGCCUGGCGGACGCUAAUCCGGCCGCCAACAUCAAGUGGUUCAAAGACUCGAUACUGCUGGACCUGUCGACCGACGCCACGAUAUCGCUGCUGACAUAUAACAGCACGCAGAGUAACGGCCGCAGCCGACAGACAUCCGAGAUGCUUUUCAAGCCGGUCAGGAUACAACACGGCGGGAUGUACUCGUGCAAAGCGUACAACGUCAUCGGUGAAAGCGCUUCCGCGAGUUACAGGCUGGACGUGCAAUACAAACCGAGAUUAAAGAUAGCCGAAGACCCCAACAGCGCUCUGAACGUGGUGGACACGGUGCAAGUGGGAAUCACAGUGGAACCGUUUGAGUGUCCCGAGUUCGACGCCAACCCGCCCGCGCAAUAUCGCUGGAUACAUCCUCGCGGCAAGUCAACGGGGUUCGCGAAGAACAAAGGCCAGACGAAGAGCAGCAGUCGGCGUCUUCGUCUGGAGCGCAUCACAUGGUCGGACCAGGGCGAAUAUCGCUGCGUCGCGUACAACACGAUCAAUGGCGUGAUAAAGGAGACUUACAGCGAACGACGUUACACGUUACACGUGACCGGGCCGCCGGAGAUUCAGGAAACGUCGCCCAACCACGUGUCGAUCGGUUGGAUCGGCGAGCGCGCGCAUAGACUCAAGUCCCGAGUCUGCUCGCAACCGCCGCCGAAACUGGUUACGUGGGAAUGGGGCAGUAAUCAGAUUCGAGCAGGAGAGCAUAUUCAUCCGAAGUACGAGGCCCUGCCGUUGGAGCCGGUCAUCGAGAGCGGGAUGAUGAGCAACUGCUACUCGGCUCAGCUGGACGUGAAGGAUCUGCAGAAAGAGGACGCCCGGAUGUACACCCUGACGGUGCGGAGCGACAAUGGCGAGGAUUCGACGAGGAUCAAAUUGGAAGUGAGAGACUCCAGCGAGACGCGCAUCAUAGGAGUCGCCGUGAUGGUCACUCUGCUAUUAAUGUUGACACUGAUCAGUAUCGGUGUGUGGGCCCUAUUACGAUGGCGACGUCGACGGUACCGCCAAGAGUCGGAGGAGGAUGGUAGCAUAGCGGCGGACGCGCUGUAUAACAACGGUGAUCGGCAAAAGUCCAUCAACUCGGUCACCCAUGCGAAGACCUUCGCGAGGAAGCCGAACAUGGACAGCGAGCAGAACACGUACGACUACACUCAUACAGUGAAGCAGAUUCGUUCCAUGAGCCCGGAAGCGCUGAAGGUCAGAAGGGCGCCAGUGGUCCUGCAAUCGCCCACCAUCGUAUAAAAGACAGUGAGAGAGACCUCGACUCACUGCCGACCGGACAUGAAUUCCCGUUGACGGCGAAUCUCGUGUCUCUAAUCGACUGAUUCCUUCUACUUCUCGAUAUACUUGUGCCUUUUCCUCACGUCGACCUGACGCAUCGACAUAAGGAUGCCUGAACCAUCGUACACAUUGCGUCAAGUCUUAUCAUUAAAAUUGAAGUUACCCAGGAAUA